AUCAAAAAUGUUUAAAGCUUUUUCACUUUCCAUUGCCAUUAACGUGUUGAUAGCAUAGCGAGGUUUUGAGACAUAGCGUGUAUAUUUGUAAACAAAUUUUAAUUGUUUUUCUCUGGAGUUUCUAUAAUUGUGUUUUUGCUGAAAUACAUUUUAGGAGAAAGCAAGUGAAAGAAAAUAGAAAGCAAGGGAAUGCGUUGGUUGAACGGGGAGCUUUAAAUGGGAACGCGUUGUUCCAUUGACAAGUAAUUUUCACGCAGGUGUGCAUGACAUUAAAGGCAGCACGUGAUUCGAUUAGACGUUAAAUUGAUGAUGCGAAUAAUAUGGAUGUAAUUGAAGGAAUAAUUACAGAACUUACAGUGGUUAGAAUUUAAACAUUCUACUGCCCGUUAAAAGUAAAUAUACAUGUUUAUAUGAUAAGAUGAACAAAAUAUGUACUUUUUGGAAAAAAGUAAAUUGCUGAAUUUAGGAGUAAAUCUACACUAAAUUACCCGGACUGGGCCAGGAAGUUAUUCGACUGGUUUCUGGUUUUUCUUUAUUUUAAACCAACACAAAUCGAUAAAGACAUGUUGGACUAUUGUGGAAAUUCCGACGGCAAUUCGCCCGGGUAUCAGACACCGUCACCAUCAAUGACGUCAUUUUUUAACAUGGGUAUGACGUCUGGUUUGGGUACGGACUCGCAACAGCGCCAAUCGGCAUUCGUUCUCAGCAGCCCGCAAUUGGCGGCACUUCAGAACCUCACAGAAAUGAAAGCCCCAAUAACAAGUUCAAGCGCGGACAGUCUUUCUAACCCGUACAAUUAUACGCAAUCAACACUUAAACAAUUAGGACUUUCUUGGACGCAGGCCACACCCCAUAGAAUAACAGAUAUUCUAGGUAGGCCGGUGAAUUCUUUAGGACUCUCUUCUAUAAACGCAGGGAUGUAUUUACAUCCCCAAGCCAGGUUAUCGAAACUUGCAGAACUGCCAGGAAGACCACCAAUUUACUGGCCUGGUAUUCUCAAUAACCAUUCUUGGAGACCAACAGCACAGACAAAUGUCAUAAUUGAUAGAGAUGGGAAAAAGAAACAUACACGACCAACAUUUUCCGGUCAACAGAUCUUUGCUCUCGAGAAAACAUUCGAGCAGACGAAAUAUUUGGCGGGACCGGAAAGAGCCAGACUUGCGUACGCACUGGGCAUGUCUGAAAGUCAAGUUAAGGUAUGGUUUCAAAACAGACGGACAAAAUGGCGUAAGAAACAUGCGGCUGAAAUGGCGACAGCAAAGAAGAAACACGAGGAAAACGCCGACAUGUCCGCAUGUAGUGACCUUGACGACGAUAUUGGUGACGACUGUAGCCCACUUACCGACGAAAGUAUCGAUUUUAGCUCACUAAAAUCUGUCUGAAUCCAACAAUUCCGGACCAUAAUAUUGUGCGGAGUUUUAGAGAAACAAAUAUGUGCCAUGCUUUUUUAAGGUUAAGCUUUUAGAAAACUGAGCAUCGCUUAUUGAAAACUCUUUAAGAAAUGCGAUAUAAAAAAUAAAACAGUGAGAUGUUACUCUACUGAAAAAAGUCAUGAAUCUAAAAAUUUAUAUAUACAAGUACCGAUAUCUGUUUUGCUGUUUUCAGGACGCCAUUCGUUAUGAUGCAUCUGGAAAUGGCAAAAAAUAAGUUUAAU